AUGGAGAGCAACAAAGAUGAGGCUCUUAAAUGUCUCGCCAUCUCCCAACGUCAUUGUAACUCGGGAAACUACCCCGCCGCACGUCGGUUUGCCGAAAAAUCACUGAGUCUCUUUCCGACUCCUGAAGCAACCAAGCUUCUGCAGCGCAUCGCAGACCUUGAGAGUGAGGCGCCCCCGGAGACCUCGUCUUCGGCUGGUCCUUCAGGCUCGACCACUUCUGCUGAAACUCAUCCGUCCGCCUCUGGCACGAGACACAGGCAUGCGAAUGCAAACACCGAUGCAUCGACUUCGUCAUCUCAAUCCAUACCGAAUGGGAAUGUGGGUGGGAGCAAACAGGAGAAGAGGGACUAUACUCCCGAGCAAGAAGCAAUCGUCAAACGGAUACGCACGUGCAAGGUCACAGAAUACUACGAGAUAAUGUCGCUGAAGAGGGACUGCACGGAGACAGAAGUAAAGAAGGCUUAUCGAAAGCUUGCUUUGCAAUUACAUCCCGACAAAAACAAUGCACCUGGCGCCGAUGAGGCCUUUAAAAUGGUUUCGAAGGCCUUCCAGAUCGUCUCUGAUGAGGAAAAGCGUGCAGCGUACGAUCGGUAUGGGUCUGAUCCAGAGUCACGAUUCGGUGGCAUGUCUUCUGCAGCUGGAGGCUCGCCCGGGUUUGCUGGUGGACCCUUUGGCGCAGGCUCGUUUGAAGGCGAACUCAGUCCGGAAGAUUUGUUCAACAUGUUCUUUGGGGGUGGUGGCGGGAUGGGUGGCAGUCCAUUUGGUGGGCCCGGAGUUUUCACCGCUUCUUUCGGCCCCGGUGGGUUUCGAACGACUCGGGUGCAUAUGGGUGGGCGAAGAGCACAACCUCAGCAGCGAGAAGGCGACAUGCCUGUUCGGACGUUGCUCGCUCAACUGGCACCUUUAAUUAUCCUAUUCCUCUUCACAUUCCUUUCUGCUGUUCCGAACCUAUUCAGUUCACCUCGUACGCCGGAUCCUCGUUACUCGUUCACACCGUCAUCACGAUUCACCACUGGGCGCGAAACUGAAGGGCUGAACGUGAAAUAUUUCGUCAACCAAGCUGAGUUUGCAGCACAUCCUAUUGCGAAAGAUCUCGAAGAUGCAUCAACAAGAUCGGAUGGUCGUUCGAGCUUACUUGAUAGAUUCGAGCGCAACGUGGAAGCUAAUUAUAUAGAUCAAGUGUAUAUGCUUUGUCAACGGGACCAAGAGCGACAGCAACGCAGGAAAGAGGCCAAAAUGGGCUUUUUGGGACUGGGCUCGGAUUGGGAUGCAAUACGCGCCAUCAACGCGGAAAAACUGGAAAGCUGUGAGGAGUACAGCAGGGUAACGGGUAGACGAUAG